AUGGAAAACGACUAUAUGAACGAAGACAACCCGCGUAAUCUCUUUGUACUUCGAACACCAGCGAAACGUACUCACACCACGCUGCUGAACCGAGCAAGGAAGAUGUUGAGCAGAAAUGCCUCCCAGCAAGAGUUUGCAGCAUUUAGAACUAGACUGAACCAGGCCCACGCUCGGCUAGUUAGCAUUCAUCAACGAUACGUCCAGCUCACCGAUCUCAGCGACACUGAACAACAUACCGCCGAACUUUACCUCCAAGCUAUCAACAAUCAACAGCUAACCUGCUUACGGACGAUCGCCGUCGCCAUGGCUAAUAGGUCCGAACGUCGUCGAUCAUGGAAUGUAUCGAACCACGACAAUGCUUCGGGAAAUCGAACCGAACCAAUUCCACCAAAUGUGACAGAAGACGUACAAAAUGCGCCGUUAAACAACACCGCUCCGAAUCAGAUAAACUACCAGAAAAAUCAGCAGCACGAUCCUACGUUGUUGCCAACGCACCUCGUUGAGAAUCAAGAUAACCAAAAUAUAGACACGAAUUCUAGCAAUGGCCAAACCAAUGAUCGAGGCAGUCCAACAUCAAACAAACCUGAAUCCGACCCAGCUGCAGCAAAGAAGCUAAAAUUUGAUUUGGAGUUUAAACUUCGUCAGAAGCAGUUGCAGAAAGAACGUGAAAUGAAGGACUUGGAACUUAAAUACGCACGUGAGCAAGAAGAUAUGCUACUCGAAAUCCAGCAUAUUCAGCAGAAAUCACAGCUGAGCGAUAGUCCUGUGUCCGACCAAGGUCCGCAGUUCGCUUCGACUCCCGUCCACCAGGUGUACACAACGCUGCCUCCGCCUCAAGGACCGGUGGUUUACACUGGACAGCCUCAACUCGCAUCGUCCCGCAAUUGGCCGAAACUUGUUGUUGCUAAGUUUGACGGCGACCCUCGUGGUUGCACCAAAUUUGCUCACGGAAUUAAAGCAACUCUUCGAGACACUAAUAUGCCAGAGUCUUUGAAAUUGUUGGCCCUACAAGAUAACCUGAAAGACGAAAUUCAGAAGCGUGUCGCUCACAUCUUCACCAGUACUCACUCAUUUCAAUCAGCAUGGGCUGUCCUCGAGAGUAAAUAUGGUAGCCCUGGUCUCAUCAUUCAAGCGCACAACCAGCACCUUCAGCAGUUGCCGCCUUUCAAGCACAGCGACUUCAAUGGGCUUUUCAACAUGGCCGUUGCAGUUCGUGAUGCCGUAUCAAGCGUCAACCAGGAUGACAUCGUUAUGUUUACAUCAGUCGUCACGUCGCUGUGUGCCAAGUUGCCCAUCCAUUUACAGUCGGAUUGGGGCAAACUGGCGUAUGGGUUGAAUAGAUUGCCAACUCAUCAAGAUUUCGACCAAUGGAUCGACACGGUCGUCGGUGCAGAGGAAUUACGCGGAAUAAAGCUGUCAGCAUCAAACACCAACAACAGCGGUAUUAAGCCUCCGGCGUAUCAAUACAACGCCAAUCGCCAAUCAAACAACCAGUCGCCAGGCAGCAGCAAUGAUGGUGGUCGCAAUCCAACAAUUCUAAACCAAUCCCUCCUAACAACUACCGACAUCGAAUGUCCAGCUUGCAAAGAAAAAGCAAAGCAUAGACUAGAACUUUGUAAUGUAUUCAUCCGAAUGCUCGUCAACGCUCGUGCGACCCUAUGCGCAACGAACAACCACUGCUUCAAAUGGCUUAUCCGAGGACACUUUAGCAGCAAAUGUCGGAGACAGAAUGCCUUUUGCACCGAAUGCAACGGACCCCAUCAUACCCUGCUCCACGGGGCCGAGCGACAAUUUCCGCCUUCUCAAGCCAACCAAGGUAACCAGUCCAUCAUUCUUAUGGUGCGUGCACCACAACCAAGUAUUCUCCAUGUCCUCCUAGCGAUAGUUCCAGUCGUGAUAGAAGCCAAUGGUUUGUCUUGCUUAACCUCUGCAGUUCUCGACCCAGGUAGUGAGGCCACCCUUAUCACGCGCUCGUUAGCUAAUCUGCUUCACCUUCAAGGGAUUUCCAUGUCAGUUCAAUUCGGUUCCUUCAGUAGCUCGGUGCUGAUCGAAUCCGAAAAGGUGUGUUUUAAAUUGAAAUCGAUCAACGGCACGCACACGACAGAAACUGCGAACGCUUUAGUAGUCCCGAAAAUUAAUUUGUCCUGUCAAAAAAUUAAUUGGCCCGAAAUUAAGCAUCGCUGGUCCCACUUGGCCAGUUUAGAGAUACCCCCAAUCAAUUCUGAUCAGGUCGAAUUAUUAAUCGGAAUGGAUUUAUCAACAACCCAUCAAACGAACCAAAAAAUUGGGCCCAUCGAGGGCGAAGAUGGGCCAGCAGCGCAUCACACGCGUUUCGGCUGGGCGGUGGCCGGAAAUAUCCCUCAAAACCUCGUUGUGGGACCCAGCAACAAGAACAAUGUCAACCUUCAGUCCACGUGCCUUUUACCAUCGCUUUCUAGUGUGGUUGAUCAAUUCCGCUCUCUUGAAACGUUCGGCAUAGUGCCCAAACCUAAUUCAACCAAAGCUCAAGACGACGAAGACCUUAAGAUGGUAGGCAUGCUUCACCGUUCGAUAACCUUUGUCAAUUGCGGCUUUCGGAUUGCGCUACCCCUUCGUCUUAAUUUCACGACGAUUCCGAAUAAUCGGAAUCAGGCCUUAUCUCGUUUUUACAGUAUCGAACACCGCCUCAUCCAACCUGAUAUGCGCGACAUUGCAAUUAAGUACUGGUGCGCCAUAGAGAAGUUGAUCGCGUCGGGAACAGCCGUUCACGUGAAUAAUUCAGACAUCAACGAACCUGCCGGCAAGGUUUGGUACUUACCGCAUUUCUUCGUCGUGAAUCACAACAAGCCGGACAAGAUUAGAGUGGUAUUCGACGCCGCUGCCCGCUUCAACGGCUUAUGUUACAACGAACUUCUAUUGCGGGGCCCACAUUCUAUUCCAAGCCUAGUAGGUGUCCUCCUUCGUGCAAGACAGUAUCGUUUCGCGCUCUCCGCAGACAUUGAAGCAUUCUACCACCGUAUAGGAGUUGAGAAGCAGGAUCAAUCUUUGCAGCGCUUCGUCUUUCGACCCUUUGGAAGCAGCGAACCCGUACGAACUUUUCAAUUCACGACGCUGAUUUUUGGCGCUGUUUAUUCGUCCUCUGCCGCGGUCCAAACCCUUCAAUACGCCGCCAAAAGCAAUAAUGCCUUUCCACAAGUGGCCGCUAAAAUGCGGGAUAACUUCUACUCUGAUAAUUUGGUUGACUCCUUCGAAACAGAAAACGAAACAGUCGAUUUUGCGAAAGCAGUUACUAAGACCCUCGAAGCAGGCGGAUUUUGA